GCUGCUCGGCCCACACUCGCCACUGUGGCCCAGUUAUAAACGUGCCACACGCUGGGAAACCGCAGCUCACUCCCCCCAUCCACCCCACCACACACUGACAAUAUGAGAAUCGGGCGCGUGCUCAUCGCCGCGGCGCUCGCGCUGUCAUACAGCGCCGAUGCAAAGGUCUCUAACAAAGCCACAUACAACGACUGGAGCCUGUCCCAGGCGCAAGAGUUCCUCAAGGCGCACGGCGUCAAGGGCUGGGACUCGACCAACCUCGACGAGGUUAAGAGCAAGGUGGCUGAGCAUGCGGAUGCAGCGGCUACGUGGGCAUCCGACCACGCCGCGUCCGCCGCCACGUCCGUGCACAAGGCUGCCUCGUACGUCUGGCGCGAGCUCGACGAGGCCAAGGACUACGUCUACUCUACAUGGGACGAGAGCCAGCUGCACGCCUGGCUUGUGGAGCACCACGUGCUCCCGGCCCCCGCGCCGACGGGUAAGGCGGCGCUGCUGAGCGCCGUGUCCAAGGCCUACACCUCGACCACGAGCGCAGCGUACGAGUCGUGGAGCGACAGCACGCUGCGUGAGUGGCUGGCCGAGCACGGCGUCGUUCCGCCGUCCAACAAGCGCGAGGACCUGCUCAAGACCAUCAAGGACGCAUACUACGACACCAAGGACAAGGUGUACACUACGUGGGAUGACGCGACGAAGCGCAACUGGCUCGUCGACAACGGUAUCCUCAAGAAAUCCGCCCCAGAGCUCCACCCGGACAAGUACACCAAGCUCCUGGACGAGCACUACACGCACGCCAAGUCGACCAUCUGGCAGGCGUGGAAGGACAGCGACAUCCGCCAGUGGCUCGUGGACAACGGCUACGUCAAGUCGGACUACCAGGCGAAGCGCGACGAGCUCAUCAACGAAAUCUCAACCAAGUACACGUCCAACAUCUGGGAGCCGUACCUCGCGUGGCCUGACGCCCGACUGCGCGCGUACCUCCGCUCAAAGGGCGUCGACGACACCAAGUACAUUGGGCGCACGAACCUGCUGCAGGAAGUGCGCGUGCAGUACACCGAGGCGUCCGACUUCCUUUCCAGCCUAGUAGGCUACGUCAAGGCGGCUGUCGGGGUCGCCUACUCCCAGCUGUCGGACGGCGUCGCGUCCUUCCUGGGCGUGGUGCACUCGCGCGCCGUGGAGACGGAGGAGCAGCUCGAGGCUGGCGUGAGCUCGGUCUCGUCUGCCGCGGACCGCGCCAAGGCCUCGGCGAGCUCGGCCGCGAGCGCCGCGAGCGUGUCGGCUGCUAGUGCCGCCGCGGCCUUGGAGAGCAGGUACGCCGACAGUGCGAGCUCGGCUUCGCGCUUCGCGCACGUGUCGGCCAGCUCGGUGUCGGCGCGCCUGAGCUCGGCGUACUCGCGUGCCAGUGCGUCGGCGGCCAGCGCCGACAGCGACGCCAAGGCGAGCCUGUCGUCGGCCGCGAAGGACGCCAAGGCGUCCCUCGAUGCCGAGUGGACGCGCGCGCGCAAGGACGCGGACGCGGCUGCGAGUGCCGCGUCGGCGGACGCUGCGUCCCGUGGGCGCGCGGCACGCGCGAGCGCCUCGUCUGCCGCGGCGGCCGCCGAGGACCAGUGGCACAAGGCGGUGAAGAGCGCUUCGGCUUGGGCUGCUGGCGCGACCAAGAGUCUGAGUGCCGCGUUUGAGGCCGCCGCUGCGAGCGCCGCGAGCGUCGCGUCGCAGGCUAGUGCCACUGCCUCGAGCGCGUACCAGAAGGCCAAGAAGGAGUUUUAGGCCCCCGCCGGCUGUAGCGAGAGAAUAGUAGUUAGUAGUCGGGGUCCGCCCCAUAACUGAGAAAUGAAGAAUCUUGACGACGCCAA